AUGAAACUGAAUAGCGUGAUGUCUGUCUUGGAAUCGAGGGGACAAUUACUUCAAUUUCGAAAUCUUAUCCAAAUUGAUCCGUUUAUUAGCAAACGUAGACCAAUGGCCGAGAGUCGAAAAUUAAAAGAAGGCGAAAUAUUGCGAUAUAAGUCGGGAUUUUUGGGAAAAAAAUGGAAGGAAUGUUGGGCCGUACUGUUUAGUGAUUCUGAACUUGUUUGGUUUGACAAAAAGAGCGAUUCAAAGCCGGCUGGUUCACUUUUCUUGAAAGAUUAUGUACCGUACACAUGUGUCGGUCCGAUGUGUGAUCGCAUGCCGGUGCGACGGCCUGAAUUGCCCGAAAGAUACUCGGUGUAUCACUUGGUUGGUAUUGGUACGGACCCACAAGCAAGUAAAGUUUAUUGGUUCUUGUUCUCAUCCGACUCCGAUCUUGAGUCAUGGUUUACGGAAAUUAUGAAAACACUACCGAAGCCGAAUCCACCUCCAGCUGGUGCGCAGCAGCCGCGUCAAGCAGAUGUAGCUGGUGCGCCACCAUCUACCUACAAUCCACCUCCAGUUUAUCCAAGUGGGCCGCCUCCAGUCGCAAGUACAUAUCCCAACCAGCCGACUUAUGCCGCACAGUCAAAUCCAAUGCAGCCUUAUCCACCUCAGUACGCUGGUCCGGUCUACGGUGCUUCCGGGCCAGGUUACGGUAGCGGCGCUGGUGCUGGUGGCGGUACCACUGUUAUCAUUGCGGACCGAGGUGGUGGCGAUUAUGGUCAGCGUUAUGGUGGUGGUGGUUAUAGUGGAAGCAGUGGGCCUGGUAUUGGCACUGGGCUACUGAUGGGCUCAUUAAUGGGGUUCGGUUUGGGCAGUAUGUGGGGUGGAGGUCUUCAUUCAGGUCUUGGCUUUGGUUACCCAAGCUGCGGUGGAAUGGGUGGUGGCUUCGGUGGUGGAUAUGUACAGGAUAAUGACACGUACAUCACAAAUAAUUACUAUGGUGGUGGCCCAGAUGGAGCGGGCUCUAUUAGCACUGGUGAUACGACACCCGCAAUUACAGACGUAACAGAUACAGCAGGUGGCCAUAUGAUCGAGGAUCAACACGACGGUUACGACGUAGGUGGUGGCGGUGACUUUGGCGGUUAUGAUGUGGGUGGUGGCGGCGAUGACUUCGGUGGAGGCAUGGACGAUUUUGGAGGUGGGGGAGAUGAUUUCGGUGGCGGCGGUGAUUGGUUUUUCUUGUUCCCGAAUGCCAUGCUGCUAGAAAAUGCAGCAGCUGUUGCUCGUAUGGUUAAAAUCAGUGGUUUUACGUUCUGA